CUCAGCAGGUCAUCAUAACCCAGGAAAACGCAUCUGCAGGUCUCUGCUGUUCAUCAUGAUGAAGCUGAUCAUUUUUCUAACUCUUCUCUGCAUGUUCUCCAGCUCAGCAGGAGCCCUGGUUUGUCAAUCCUGUGCAAAUCUUCAGUGUUCAAGCACGAUAACAAAGACAUGCAGCUCAGAGACCAUGUGUAUAACGGCGUCCAUUCAAGCCACUUCAUCUGGAACUACAGGCCAGCAAAUCUACAAGGACUGUGCAUCGUCCUCACUGUGUCCAAUCCCAGGGAAUCAGACAUUUUCAGUAAACGUGGGCUUUGCAGGUGCCAGAGCAUCUGUUCAGUGCUGCAACACAGACAACUGCAACUCACAAACUCUUCCAUUUCCUGGUACUCAGACAACAAACAGCCUGCAGUGUGCCGUCUGUAAUCCCUCCACCUCUCAAUGCACCUCUACAGUACAGUGUUCAGGAGAGGAGAGCAACUGCUUCCAAGCAACUGUGACAAAUGGAUCAUCAGCAUAUCCAGCUCUGGGCUGCAUGACACCAAACACAUGUGCAGCAGCCGCCAGUCUGGGAACUCUGCCUUUCAUGGCACCACGGAGAGCGGCUCCAUCAGCAGUGGACCGAGCUGUUGUAGCACCAGCUUAUGUAACAGUUCCCCAAUAACUACACCUGCACCGACCCCAACUACACCUGCACCAACCACAACUACACCUGCACCAACCACCACCACUCCACCAACCACAUCAUCUCAGUCAGCCUCUCCCUCAACAACCUCCAGUGAUGGAUGCUCCAUCAGACUGAGCAUGCUCCAUC